AGUGCUUAAGUUAAAGUACUUGCGCGCGCGACGCGGAUGGACUCGGACGAUGAGGUACAAAUUAUGGGUGAGAGCAGCUCACGGCCGUCCCAUGUUGGCCCAACCCUGUGCCAGUUGUGUGACAUGAACUUCGACUCCGAGAAUCUCAGCGAACUUCAACGCCAUCAGCAUUAUGAAGCACACUUCAACCCCAGCUCUAGUAAACAACCAUCUAGUAAUAAGUUCAGGAAGCCAACGAUACCCAAAGACUUGUUCAAACCCCACAGCUACCCACUGCAACUGAGAAAGAAACCUGCAGAUGACUUUUGGUAUCCGACUUUGUCGAGACCGCCACCUGACAACUGCACCCCAGGCUUGAUCCCGCUCUUGAAGCACGCUUUGAAGAAAUCUCAUACCAAAGGAAACACCCGUCGAGCUGUUCUCUGUUGUGAAUCGGCUACGCAUAUUAGUGUCGAAGCAUUCGAUCGCCGAUGGGGAUGCGGAUAUCGCAAUUUCCUCAUGGCAUGUGCCGCGCUCAUGGACCAGCAAAUUCAGAGCAUAUAUUUUGCAUUACUAGAUGAUCCCUUUCCCCCCAGUGUUCGCAAUCUGCAACGUUGGAUGGAAGCUGCGUGGAAGGAAGGUUAUGAUCGUGAAGGUGCCAAAGACCUAGGGAACAAAUUGGUAGAAACAAACAAAUGGAUUGGUACAGGAGAACUCUAUACCGCGUUCACAUCUCGCGCAGUCCCCUCACAGCUGAUAGAUUUUGAUCUCUCAAAAAGCGAGAAAGGGAUUCAAGUUAUGAUAGACUGGAUUGUCCAGUACUUUUCGCCGCCAAAUCCAAAUCAGGGCACGGUGACUGAUGUCCUCCGCGGUGCUUCACCUGUGGUUGCGACGGAUAAAAUGCCUCUGGUUCUGCAGUUCAGUGGACAUUCUCAAACAAUCGUUGGAUACGAGAUCUCAAAGAAUGGGGAUACGAAUCUUCUCGUGUUUGACCCUUCAAGGCCCCCGAGACUCAGUGUGCGUCGAGCUGCAAUAGCUGGACCUUCCUCUGUUGUAUGGGAACAGUCGCGGACCAACCAAGUGCUGCAUUCUGUCAUGCAUCCAACAUCUAACGGACGUUCCUCGAAGCUGAAACGUCCUUCAUCAUCUUCUGAUCUGCGACAGCACAAACGAACCAAAUCAUUUGAGUCAGACGAUGAAAUCAUGGUCGUGGAAAACGUUAAUGACACGCCCAAGAAUGACCAUGGAUCGGGCAUUUCUCCAGGUCAAACACAGCUAUCCACGCUUGACCCUGCUAAUGUCGUGAAUCAUUUUCGGCUUAGCAUGUCUAAAUUGCAGCGCAAGAAAGACUACCAGAUACUGUACUUCCCCAUGACUGAUCCAUGGUCUAUUGAAGAACGCAACAAGCGAAAGGUUGUGAGGAGUAUCUUGGGUUGUUGAUUUUUCUUGAUUUAGCCCCAUGCGCAUGUUUCCCCUUGUUUUAUUUACAUUACACCCCAUAAUUUGACAUGUUUUUGAUCACCCAUUUGCACAGGAUACGUGGAUGGUGGGGCAUGACCAAGUAAAUUCAAGCG